AUGAACGAUUUCCUCAGAUGGGCUGACGAGAAAGGAGUGAAAGCUGAGGGAAUCGAGAUAAAAGAGGCAGAGCCGGGUGCCGGCUUCGGUGUGUUCUCUCAUCGUGUGCAUCCACCCGAAUCCCUUCUCAUUCGUUUGCCCCAUUCACUUCUCAUCACCGCCGGAUCGGUGGCCGAUAUCGGAAAAUACAAGACGAUCAUCGAAAUGAACAGCGAAAAACCGAAGCCUUUCGAACUCCUGACGCUAUUCUUUUGUCUCGAGAAUCCGGAUGACUCUCCAUAUGGACCGUAUCUUCGAAUUUUGCCAAAAUCUUUCGACACCCCAAUCGCGCAAGGGAUUUCUUUUGACGUGAACGAGAUUCCUUUGAUUACCCGCGGCUUUUAUGAGCUACAAUUACAAGAAUUGGAAACCGUCUGGGAAAAAGUCCAAAAUCUAUGCAAAAACUCCGGAUUCGAGGUCGAGCAUGAGAAAUUUCUCUGGGCAUGGCAUGUGGUGAAUACUAGAUGCAUCUAUUUGGAGAACCCGACACAUCCAUUGAUCGAUUCUUCAGACGGCGAUACAAUUGCAGUGAUUCCUUACGUCGAUAUGCUCAAUCAUGACCCUGGGGCACAGGGAUUUGCUUUUUAUGACAAAGUGCGCAAAGAGUACUGUGUUCGAGCGACGAAAACCGUUGCUGAUGAAGAACAAGUUUUCGUCUGCUAUGGUCCACAUGACAAUGUUCGUUUAUGGAUCGAAUACGGGUUCACGCUAAAAGAGAAUCCUAAUAGAAAAGUCGCCAUUCCACAAGAUCUACUCGUUGCGUUGGCGAAAAAAGUCGGAGUUGCCGUGUCCCCCGAAAACAUUUCCACAUUGAACGAUGCCGGGCAACCAAGUACAAUCUACGCUUCUGAUGAGGGUCCAAGCUGGUCACUGUCGACGAAUGUGCAAAUUUUGUUGAUGUCAAGAGAGGAAUUAAAACGCUGGCGUGAGAUCGUGUACGCCGAGGAAAAUCCGAGACGGAGAUCGAGAAGAAAAAGUGAUGAUGGAAAUGAGGAGAAUGAACGGCGAUUGCGAGAAGAAAGAAGUAUUUUGAGGGAAAUGCUUCGCGAAUUGGUGACAUCAAUACGACAAAGAGGGGAGAAAGUGAGUGAUUUUGGUUUCGGAUUUUCUGGAGAGGGGGCCAUCGCUUCGCCUGUCGCAAGAUUUUGGAUGUCGGAUGCUGGUGGAAAUUUGCAAUCGUCAGCGAUUCCCGGUGGUGGAACUUCGAUUCAGGGAUGGAUUGAUCAGGUGGAGAAGGACUUCGACAAAGCCUUCGUCUCACUCGAUUUGCUGCUUGGAGAGGUCGACUCGGAUCAGAUUGAGAUCACAUACGAGGGAAGAGGAAAAAUGACAUCGUUGUCAAGCUGUUUCGCUCAACUUCUACACAAGACGCAGACAUUGCAUCACGCGUUGUCAAGGCAGAAAACUGAGACGGUAGCUCUUCGCGAGGAACUCGUCACUGCACAAGGAGUUGCCCAAGAACGACACAAAGAAGCACAACAAUUGCUUGUACAGGUUCACAGUUUGCAAUGCGAAUUGCAUUCAAAGACGGCCCCGCAUGAGUCGGAUAUGAUCAAGAAGAAGCUGGAUUUGGAGAUUAACGCUUUCCGAGAAGAGGUCAUCCCAUCGCUGAAGCUUGAGUUUGAGGUGGGUUUUGUGGGGAAAUUUCAAACACAAAAAAAACCAAAA